ACCGGAAAACGUUAUCUGUCGCACUAGUGCCCUAUGUAGUACAACAGAAGCAGCAUGACAUUCUACCGUGUUUAUAGAUUCUGCAGUGUGGUUUCACGGUUUCCUGAACGCUUCUUGCCAUGUUUAGGUGAGGAUGUCUGUCAUAAAUCUACUUACAGUGCCCUUCCCAACGAUUACAACUGCAAAGUUGAACUAGCCCUGACAUCUGAUGGCAGAACAAUUGUCUGUUAUCACCCAUCGCUGGAUUUUCCUUAUGAACACACAAAGCCAAUUCCUAGGCCAGACCCUUUAGAGAACAAGGAAGAAACACAUGAUCAGGUGCUGAAGGCCAGAUUAAAAUUAGAGACCCUGAAGGGCAAGCAGGGUCCUACGAUAGAAGAACUGAGCAAAAUGUUCUUCACAACCAAGCACCGUUGGUAUCCAGUGGGGCAGUAUCAUACCCGGCGUAGGAAUCCUAAUCCUCCAAAAGACAGAUAAAUCACAGCAAAGAAACUGAUGUAUAGAAUGUUUAUCAAAGACUGCAUAAAAACAGACCUUGAGGAAAAAAAGAAUGCUUUUGAAGAUAUUAAUUAGCUAAAUUGUCCAUCUGAAGUGCUCAAUAAAUUUCAUAUUAUUUAAAAGUUUAUAAAAGCAGCUAAAGAUUAUACAUCAUGUCACAUGCACAGCACCAACCUUUUUAUAUUUGUACAAUGUUAUUGGUAGAACUUUAAGUAAUAAACUGCUGCAUGAUCUCAAAUUCUUGUAAAAUGUAAUAAACUACAACUUGUCAUAUUAGUUUUA